CAGUUAGAUUAACUGAAAAGUAAAGAGAGGACUGCAGAGUUUGGGACCUUUGUGCAGACGUGCUCUAGCGUAGAGGGCGGCAGGGAGGGAACGAAGGAGGGCCUUGGGAGCUGAGGCCCCACCUUUCAUUUCAGCAAAGUGCACCGGCAGAGCAGGAUGAGUCACGGGCAUAGGUAAGGGACUUGGACUCCUCUGUCUGGGAAAACGCUGCGCUCGCUCCUCCUGGAGUGGCCUUGGCAGGGUGUUGGAGCCCUCGCUCUGCCCGGUCUGGUCUCUGGGGCCAGGGCUGGGUUUCCCUCAUGUAUGGCAAGAGCCCUGCUCGUGUGGUGCUGCUUCUGCUUGGGAUACAGCUCACAGCUCUUUGGCCCAUAGCAGCUGUGGAAAUUUAUACUCCCCGCGUGCUGGAGGCUGUUAAUGGGACAGAUGCUCGGUUAAAAUGCACCUUCUCCAGCUUUGCCCCCGUGGGUGAUGCUCUAACAGUGACAUGGAAUUUCCGUCCUCUAGAUGGAGGGCCUGAGCAGUUUGUAUUCUACUACCACGUGGAUCCCUUCAAACCCAUGAGUGGGCGGUUUAAGGACCGGGUGGUCUGGGAUGGGAACCCUGAGCGGUAUGACGUCUCCAUCAUCCUCUGGAAACUGCAGUUUGAUGACAAUGGGACAUACACCUGCCAGGUGAAGAAUCCACCCGAUGUUGACGGGGUGAUAGGGGAGAUCCGGCUCAGCGUCGUGCACACUGUUCGCUUCUCUGAGAUCUACUUCCUGGCUCUGGCCAUUGGCUCUGCCUGUGCAAUAAUGGUCAUAAUAGUAAUUGUGGUGGUCCUCUGCCAGCAUUUCCGGAAAAAGCGAUGGGCUGAAAGAGCUCAUAAAGUGGUGGAGAUAAAAUCAAAAGAGGAGGAAAGUCUCAACCAAGAAAAAAAGGUCUCUGUUUAUUUAGAAGACACAGAGUAACAUUUUUAGAUGGUAGCUGAAGAUUUCCAAGAACAAGAACUCUAGUACUUCUUGAAGUUAAUGGAAACUUUUCUUCGGCUUUUCCAUUUGUGACCUGUCUUCCAAUCAAUUCUGCGGCACAUAUCCACCUAGAUAAACAACAUUCCUCUAGAGCCAGCGUAGAGUUAUUCUCGGGCAGGUAUCACCAGACACACAACCUCAUUAUUAAGGUUUUAUUUAAUUCCAGAGUGCAGAUAUUUUUCAAAUGCUCAUUAGCUUUUGUAAACUAAGAAACUACAUUUUUGCCCUUAAACACUCCUUAUAGAUUAUGACGUGUAUAUACAUGUAUUGGCAUUAAAGGGGAUAGAAGCCAAAUUGUCUGU